AAAGCAAACCUUGUGCUUGCUACGAUUCGACGAACCUUUGUGCAUAGAGACAAAGACAACAUCAAGAGGUUAUACAAGUCACUUGUGAGACCAAUUCUGGAAUAUGCAAAUGGGAUAUGGUACCCAAGAUAUACCUCUGACCUGAAGGCUAUUGAGAAAGUCCAGCGACGAGCAACCAAGCUAGUACCAACCCUGAAGGAAAUGGACUAUGGCAGAAGGCUACGUGCAAUGAAAUUACCUUCCAUCAAGUACAGACUACGAAGAGGUGACAUGAUUCAAGUCUAUAAGAUAAUCCACGGCAUUGAUGAUGUGAAUAGAGACCUGUUCUUCACAUCAGCUUCCACUCAUGCAACCCGUGGUCAUCCUUACAAGCUUUUUCUGAAAAGGAGUAGGUUGAGUGUGAGGCAAAACACCUUCAGUGUUAGAGUGGUGAGCGACUGGAAUUCUUUGCCUGCUGAAGUAGUCACAGCAUCAACAGUCAAUCACUUCAAAACAAAACUAGACAAGUUUUGGUCUGCAUGGCAUUAUGCUCAUGCAUGGGAUUAGUACUAGUCACUGCAUUGGCACAGCAAAGGACAAAUAGCACAGAUAGCGAUUUAUCCAAGCUAGGAAGGCAACGUACAGUACAAGAUAGACCUGGAAACUUGACUGCAGACACAACUGUAUUUUUCCAGUAGAUGCGGUAUAAAGUUUGCCCAAGCCGGUUCCGUCGAUUAUCCAAGCUCGUCAGGUACAGGCGCAGAUGUUCCUCGUGUACGACUUACCAACAGUACAAACCUCUUACAACUCUUUCAUGAUGGAAAAUGGCAGAUGGCAUGUGUUAGAGUAGGAUCCUCCUCAUUGUCUCGCUGGACGGAAAGCGAAGGUGACGUUACGUGUCGUAGCAUGGGCUAUUCUCAUGGUUCAUCAAGUACUUGGUGUGAUGGAUCGACUCCCGAUGCUUUUCGUCACUCUUCUUCUUUGGUGUUGAGCCUAUCUUGCUCUGGGGAUGAGGAUAAUUAUUUGCAGUGUUCUUCCUACGAUUAUAGCAUGUACGAUUAUGACACUGACAAUUGCGAAAUGGUGGGCGUUACAUGUGCCCAUGAUCCGGAGCAGCUGAUUUUACGUCAGGACAAAGGGAAUGUGGUGCAGUCAUUUGAAGAUGGGUAUUGGCGAACUUGGUGCUUUGAUACAGGCCAUCGAUCUAAUUGGACUCUAAACGAGGGCCACGUCUUAUGUCGCAUGAUGGAACAUUCUUAUGCCCUUGACAUUGGGACUCUGCCUGAUAACGCAUCGGUGACUUCACUCAUUCAUUUUCAAUUACAUUGUGAAGGGGGUGAGAAACAUUAUUCCGAUUGCUGGAGUAGCACAACAAACUACCCUUCAAGCGCAUCAUGUGAAGUAGUCACUGUUUACUGUGCGGUUGACGAGAGUGGUGUCUUACCCGAAAUUCGUUUGAUGAAUGGCAUGAACAUGGUACAAACUCUCCAUAACGACGAAUGGCGAACAUGGUGUGUGUGGACCAGUGCCUCCUCUCGCUGGACACUGAAGGAAGGACAUGUUGUGUGUCGUAUGAUGGGUCAAGGCCAAGCCAGCGCAGCUUCUGUGCAGUCGGUCGACUACAUCAUGAAUCCCGUUCUACAAUUAGAAAUCUAUUGCAACGGAAAUGAGUCUGAUAUUCGGCAAUGCCAGUAUGAAGAUUAUUUAUACCGGCGAACUCCAGAUGGCGAAUGCAAAGCAGUCCACAUCACCUGUAAACAAGAUGCCACGACAAACUUAACGUCUCCUCCGACCACACCUACCAACGACCAAUCCACAUCCUCAUCGGCCAUUAUCGAUAUGACGAGUCUUGAACCCAUUGGAUCCACGGCAGGGGUUGGCCCAGCAAGCGAGCCAAACCAAGGUUCACAUUAUCUGAAGACCCGCUUGGGCCCUAGACUUCCCCUGGAACCAUUUGCAGGUGUGGUUGAGAUUGGCUACCAAGGUACCUGGGGUGCUGUGUGCUAUGAUGGAUGGAGUAUGGCUGAGACACAGGUUGUUUGUCGAAGUCUUGGAUACAGCCAUGCUAUUGAGUUCCAACCGUCUUUUGUAGACCCAGUGAACGUUGCUGUCAAUGAUGUUAAAUGUACAGGUGCUGAAGAGAAUCUAGCAUUUUGUGAAUACAGCAGUCCCCCAUCUUAUACAAGCUGUGGAUUAACUAUUGCCGUGAAAUGCUCCGGCACUGAUGAUCUGAAGACCCGGUUGGUUGGGGAAGGUGAAUCCCAAAAUGAAGGAAGAGUUGAGGUUUACUACCAAGGUGUUUGGGGUGCAGUCGGUUUAAAUGACUGGGAUACAGACGACGCGCAUGUAGUUUGUCGUAGUGUUGGAUACAGCCGUAGUCUGUAUUACAUCCUACUCCACACCCAAGGCCCAGGAAACAUCGUUCUGGACAAUGUACGGUGUACGGGGAAUGAGACGAACCUUGCAUUUUGCGAACACUCCGGUCUGUACCUUCGUGAAAACUCUUAUCAAGAUUUUGUCGCAGCGGGAGUUAAGUGUGAUGAUCAAAUACCAAGAAUCCGUUUCACAAGUAUCCCUCUUGGUGCAUGGGAUCCCGAGGAUAAAAUGGUUGAAUUCUACAUAGAUGGGGAUUGGAAGCCUCUUUGCCAAAAUGCCACCUUCAGUUUAAAUUUAGACGCAAUCUGCAGAACCGUUGGAUUGAUGCUUUAUCGAGUACUGCAAUUCAUUCCCAAUAACAACAUGAACAAGGAGGGUGUGGCUCUUCAUUGCCCUGCUGAUGUCGUGGACUUGUCACAGUGCAAUUCUUCUUCGGAUUUUUGUGAAUUUGUCCUGGGUGCUUCAUGCCUUUCAGAUCCGCCUGCCGUUCGGCUAACAAAUGGAACUGGACCAGGUCAAGGCAGAGCGGAGGUUUAUUUUGCCAACGAGUGGAUGACAUUAACAGCACAUCCAACAUCUAUCGCAUUUGACAUGUCUCGUCAUAUCUGCAGAGAAAUUGGAUAUUCUGAUCUAUCUGUUUCCUACAUCGAUGGGUCCUUUGGCCUUAAUACUGAUACAGUGUUUGCCAACAGUGUGAUACAGCGUCCUGGUGAUUCUCAAUAUGUAUUUCUGAAGGACUCUGCAGAGAAAGGAGUUGCAUUAGGCGUGGCCUGCAAAGAAAAAGAAAAUCCAAUAACAGUUGACAUCUCAAUUUAUGAAGAAUCCAAAGUCGUUGCGCUUGUUAUUGGUCAGGAUGUAAGACCGGUGUGUUUGGACGGGUAUCUUCAUCUAAAUCAUUUUGCUGACCUUGCCUGUAAGAACCUCGGCUACCAAAGAGCUGUAAUGAUUCAACGUGAAGAAGUCUGGCCGGAAUGGAACCGAUUUCUUUGGUUUCCAACUUGUAAUGAAAGGAAGCUUAACGACUGCAAAUUUUUUGCUUUUAAAACUACGUGUGAUCAUGUACUUGGGCUUUAUUGCGACAUAGGGGUAAGUGUUAGCCUAAAAGGUGGAGAAGGUGACUAUGAUGGUCUGAUUGAAUUGAGCCUUGGGAAUGGGUUAAACUUGACAGGAGGUGUACACAAUGACCCAAAAGAAUCAUUCUACCACACAGUCUGUAAGGGUCUUGGUUAUGAGAAGGCCGUGUACAUGAUGGAUAAUGCUCCUUUAGGCACAUUAUCCAACAAAUUCUGGGAGGUUUCAUGCCCGGAGGAUGCAGCCGACCUAUCGUUUUGCUUUAUCAACAACGCUAGGCGGUUUGUAAAUUCAGGAGGACAAUUCACCAAGGGCGUGAUCUGUAAUGCAGCUGACGCAUUACCGGUUCGCCUGAUAGAAGGUGAUGGAAUUGGAACAUCGACCGGAAUAGUGGAAGUCAGGAUUUUCAAUGAGUGGACACCACUUAGGCUUUACUACAUGUACAUGGACCUCCCGUCAAAUUUCGUUGGUGUUCUGUGUCUGCAGUUAGACUUUUCGCCAUACAUCUACAAUAUGUCCAGCAUACACAUAGACGACGAUGGAGGGCACAAUUUUCCGGCAUAUCAAGUGCAGUGUGAGACUAACGCUUUGGAUCUAAGAUCAUGCCUCUUCAGAAACCAUAAAAAGGUCAAGCAUCAUGAAUACAAGAUUCAUAUAUCAUGUAACCCAGAACCGUUUAACCAUUGCAACCUGAAGGAUGCACUGUAUCCUUGUGAUGCGAGAAAUGGUGGUUGUUCGCCUAAUGGUACAAAAGAUGUCAUAUGCUGGUGCAAGGAUGGUUAUACUCUUGACACCGAUGGACACACCUGUAAAGAGUCUAUAACAAAGGCUCGCUUCUUGAAUAAGACUGGACCUAGAGAAGGCAUUCCGGAGUUGUUUUAUGGAGGACAUUGGUUCUUGGUACAUUACCCACGUGACACCUAUAUUUCAUAUCAAUUGAGAAGGAACUACGAUGCAUUGUGUCAGAUGCUUGGUUUCAAAGAAAUGCUCCGAAUAUCCGGAGAGGAUGAAUUUAAAUUUCAAGAACAAAUUUUUCUGAGCCAAGUGAUAUGUUCUGACGAUGUAACAUCUUUACAAGACUGCAAAAGGUAUUCCUCCCAGUCUCUAUUGUCUACGGGAGAUUCAAUUUUGCGUCUCUUAUGCUUGUCAGCUGAUGGCUUCAGGAUUCGCCUCACUGGCUCGUCGUUUCCAAAUCGGGGGAGAGUUGAGAUUGCUGUGAAUGAGGAGGAGUGGGGAGGCAUAUGCAAACCUUCAGACAUGUCCAAGUCUCAUAUAUACGCGGCUGCUUUCUGCAAACAUCUCGGGUUCUCUACUUCUCUUGCUGAAUUAACAGAAGCCCAGGGAUCACAGGGUCUACCUGUAUUUGCUGAUCAGAUAAGGAUUCCUAUUUACAUUUUAAACUCAUUCAACCUCUCGUUGAGUUUUCAGAAGGAAAGAGACGAUUGCCAGACUCACUUGGGUGUUGUAUGCACAGAAAAAGAACACAUCAAGACUCGGUUGCUGCUUUCUUCUCAAAUGGUGCAAGAAGGAACACCACAGGUGUUUCUUGAAGAAAAUAACACCUGGGCCGAUGUCUGUAUGGAUGAUUAUGAGAUUGCGGACUGGUUCUGCGCACAACAGGGAUACUCGGGUUUACUUUCAUAUACGCCACCGAAUACAAAAAUGACUUCAAAAUACACAUACGAACAUUCCAAAGUCUAUGGAUAUUUCAUUAGGAGAUUAACUUGCUCUCCUCCAAAAUUGAUCUGCAAUAAUGGUCAGGCAUUGAGUAUUCGACUAGCCAACGGAUCGGCACCAUUCAGUGGUAACGUAGAAAUCAAAUACCUUGGAAAUUGGUCACUACUGACUUUCGGCUUCAUGGACCACGUCUUCUUUUACCCUGCUCAUUCCGCAUCCAUUCCGUUUGCUGAGGUUACCUGCAGUAGUUUGGGAUAUCCUGAAGUACAUGUAUAUUCCUAUAAUCAUGUAGAGGCCCUGACCAGUACUACCAAUAGUAUACUCAACAACCCAGUUUGCAGCACAAGAGAUAUCAACUCUUGCCAUUUUCUGUCUGAUGCACAUUGCUCCGGCACAACAAUAUCUACAUGUAGUUGGCUUCUAUUUGUGACAUGCAAUGAAGAAUCGUUCAACCCGUGUCUACAGAAAGGCCUGUUGUACCCAUGUGAUCCCAACAUGGGGGGAUGCACAAUGCUUGUUAACCAUACUUAUCAAUGCACCUGUCCAUCGGGAAUGAUUCUGGACAACAACAACAAGACAUGCAUUGAACCUCAAGAAUUACCUCUUCAAAUUGUUAUCGGUUCUCUGCCAUCAGAACUAAAGGAGUCAUUUGAAUCCUUGAGAAAAUCGCUCUUUGAUGACGACAGUCUGUCUAACGACACAUCAUCUGAUGAAAGUGAUUCUUCUGUAUCUGUUGCAAGGAAACUGGACUCCUUUCUCGAUGAUAUGCUCGAGGCCAAUAUCACUGAUCUUCUACAUAUAGUACAAGAUGACGUUGAAUUGAUAGCUCUUCCCCUGGAUACCAAACUUGAUGUACAGUCUAUCAACUUUGGAUUGGAUAAUGAAAGCAGUUCGUCUCUACCAAAAAUUAGCAUACCAAUAGCGUCCUUGCUUGAAGGUCACAACGGGUCGCUAAUAGCUGGUGCAUUUGCCCUUAUCAAGCUCAAAAGAAAUGGCACUGAACGUAUUCAUCACAACGUCAGUGAUUCUUCAAGGAGUGGAUACCUGAACUCAGAUGUGGUUUCUAUCAAACUUUCCGGUGUCAACACAACAUCUCUGAAACAAAACAUCUCAAUAUCUUUCCCGACUGCCGAGACUUCCGGAAGCGGUUAUUCACCACACUGUAGCUUCCUUGAGGGAAAUGAGGCAUCUGGAUCCACCUGGUCUUUGAGAGGUUGCAGCCGGAAGAAUGUUGCUCAGGAGGCGUAUGAUGAUGUCAUCACGUGCACCUGUAAUCACCUGACUAGUUUUGCCAUUCUUAUGCUAACGAAUAUUGAUGCGACAGUAGCUUCUGGCAAACAUUCAUUCAUCCUGUCUUUAGCAACCUACGUAGGUCUGGCAUUCUCCAUUAUUUCCCUUGUACUCUCUCUGAUGGCCUUCUUUAUCUCCAAGGUCCAGACAACCCGUUUGUUCCUGAUGAAAAACCAAUGCAUUGCCAUGAUUCUGGCCCAAGGGCUGUUUGCUACUGGUGUAGUUCAGGCAAAAAGGAUUACAGUGCUUUGUGGGAUUGUCGCAGGGGCAACCCAUCUGCUGUUCUUGGCUGUCUUUGCGUGGAUGCUGAAUCAAGGGAUGUACAUCAUGUUACAGCUUGGUAUCCGGCGUCUUACUCAUGUCCAGGUCAAGAGAUGGCAGUACUCUGUCAUAGGAUGGGGUAUUCCAUUGGCUAUCAUUGGGAUUACUUCAGCAGUUGACUACAGGCUUUACCUAGAUGGAAACUACUGUUGGCUUGCGACUGUUCGGGGUGGGGCAUAUGCCUUCAUUGGCCCCGUGCUUGCCGUACUGAUGGUCAACUUGGGGAUAUUCUUUUAUGCGAUUUCUCGUUUCACAUCUGUGAAAGCAUUCAAGAACAAAUCUGAGAAAGACAAGAUAAGGUCCACUCUUCGAGCAGUGAGUGUCCUCUGUCCUAUCCUUGGCAUCACCUGGGCCUUGGGAUUGUUUGUUAGGGUACAUAUCUCUUUGGAGUACAGCUUUACCAUCCUCAACUCAUCUCAGGGAGUGUUGCUAUUCAUAUUCCAGGUGUUGUUGAAUGAAGAGGUGUAUGCUGGAGUGAGAAGGAGGUUGAGACGUCACAUCAUUAACCCUGUUGGUACCGUCGAGGCAUCGCAAACUGAAAACAAGAGUGUCACCAAACCAACCAUUUCCACAAGACAGGAAACAAAAUCGUCAUCAGACGAGAGCGGCAACAUGGAUAUGGAGGUUGUUUCACUUAAAGAUGAAUAAUGAGUAAACCAACUUCUCAUUGGGAAAUUGAGUUUGAAUUCAAGUAAAGAGAUAAUACAUGUAAAUGAUUUUGCUGAUAAAGUAUGGUAAUAUUAUUUCUUUUUUUUCAAAGUUCAAGGAUAAUUUUAAUCGUACAUGUACAAAAUUAAAAUUCCACUGUAUGUACAUUGGCAACUGAGUUAAUCAAAGUUAAAGACCGAUGGCUCGUUCUUAACUUUUCUAAUUUUUGAAAAAUCAUAGCCAAUCGGAAUUGAUUUACGGAAACUCUGAACAAAUAUUUCUUGUUAACAGCAAUAAUUUUAAUGAUCUGAUUUCACUGUAGAUAGCUGAUGGUAAUUAAGGGUGUUUGAGAAUCAGAAUCAACACCACAAAAUAUGUGACUAGUCUUGAGUAAUGCUGUCAGCUGAACAUUUUUAGUUGGGACGUUUUUCAGUUGGAACCCUCGGACAUGUAUCCCAGUGAAGGCAAUAGUGCACAAAGUUACUAUUAUCGUAGAUCUACAUGUAAAAUCACAUCUGAACUUGAUGUUUACAUUGUGUGUAAAUCACAGCUUCCUGGUUCAGUUUGCAUUUUUUCAAUAUCCUUUUUUCACUUUUCAUAAUGAAAUUUAUGUAGACAUAAAUUUAUGUAGACAUGUAAUUUAUGUAGACAUAAAUUUAUGUAGACAUGAUAUUUAUGUAGACAAACAUGUAUCU